AGAGAUUUUAGCCAGAGAAACUAAUCACAUAUGGUUUGACCACCAGAGGAGCUCGCUGCAUCAUGCUAUCGGCCACAAAUGGGAAGAACAUGUCUACAUGUCCUAGAGAUGGAUAUCAGCAGAAGGAAAGAACAAACCUACUGCCUGACAUUAAAAGGCACAGCUUGACAUAAGAAGUAUAUAACAGAGGCUAACUACUGCCUAAAUGGGCUUCUUCGGCAAAUUGUUUCAUGAAAAACUGAGAUGCUUUCGCUCAAAUCUCUUUCAACCCAUCACGAAAACAAGGAAACCAAUUGCGUACUUCCGGAGGCUUUCCUCGAACACACGAGACGCGAGUGAAGAAGAGGAACUUUGCUCCACUUUUCUGCGCGAAUGUGCUCGAAAGUCCGACUCUCGAUGGGGUAGAACCGUCCAUGCCAAGCUAAUCAAGGGCUUCAUUCCAUUUUCUAUGUACCUUCAAAACUUCACGCUCAAUAUGUACGUGAAGGGUGGGAAAGUCGACGAUGGUCUCAGACUGUUCGACGAAAUGCCCCACCGAAAUGUCGUCUCCUUCUCAGCUCUGAUAGCGGGUCUUGUUCAGUGGGGAUUCCCCGGUGAGGCACUGUCUAUAUUUAAUUUCAUGCAUCGUGACGGUACGGUGGGGAUGAAUGAGUUUACUCUGGUAAGCGCGCUCCAGGCGUGCUCGUUGAUAUCAUGCAGAAGCUUUUGUUACCAGAUUUAUGCACUCAUUGUUCGCUUGGGUUUGGAGUGUAAUGUAUAUCUGGUGAAUGCUUUCUUGACGGGAUUGAUUCGGCAGGGAAAAUUUAAGGAAGCUUUGGAAGUUUUUGAAAAGUGUAACAAUAAGGAUACUGUGUCCUGGAAUACAAUGCUGGCUGGCCACUUGCAGGAUCCAUACUUGGACUUACCUGGGUUUUGGUAUAGAAUGAUUUGUUGUGAGGAAGUGAAGCCCGACAACUUCACAUUCGCUAGCGUGCUUACUGGGUUGGCUGUUAUUCCUGAUUUGAAAAUGGGAUUGCAAGUUCAUGGUCAGUUGCUUAAAAGUGGUUAUGGGAGUGAGAAGUGUGUAGGAAAUUCUUUGGCUGAUAUGUACAUAAAGAAUCAGAGGUUGGUGGAAGGUUUUAAAGUUUUUGAUGAGAUGAUGUGGAGGGAUGUGUGCUCUUGGACUCUUAUUGCUGCGGGAUGCCUACAGUGUGGUGAACCAGGAAGGGCACUUGAGGUUAUUGGUGAGAUGAGGGAGAUGGGUGUGAAGCCGAAUAAAUUUACACUCGCAACCGCGCUUAAUGCAUGUGCUAAUUUGGCUUCAAUGGAGGAAGGAAAGAAAGUUCAUGGAUUGAAAGUGAAACUUGGGAAUGAGGUUGAUUUGUGCGUGGAUAAUGCGCUGCUGGAUAUGUAUGCAAAAUGUGGUUGCAUGGAGGGAGCAUGGAUUAUUUUUCGAUCCAUGAGGACUCGUUCUGUUGUUACAUGGACGACGAUGAUAAUGGCUUGUGCACAAAAUGGCCAGGCUAGAGAUGCUAUAGAGGUUUUUGAAGAGAUGAGGAUGGAAGAUGUGGAGCCUAAUAACAUCACCUUCAUUUGUGUGCUUUACGCAUGUAGCCAAGGUGGAUUUGUUGAGAAAGGGCGGUAUUAUUUCUCCUCCAUGUCUAGUGACUAUGGAAUUUCCCCUACUGAAGAUCACUAUGUGUGCAUGGUGAAUUUACUUGGCCGCGCUGGACAUAUUAAAGAUGCGGAAGAGUUGAUAUUAAGCAUGCCAUUUCAGGCAGGUGUGCUGGCUUGGCAGACCUUGCUUGGUGCUUGUCAACUUCAUGGAGAUGUGGAAACUGGCAAGCGGGCAGCAGAGCAUGCAAUAGAUCUAGACAAAAAAGACCCAUCAACCUACGUGUUGCUGUCAAACAUGCUUGCUGUUUCAAACAACUGGGACAAGGUGGGGGUUUUGAGAGAGCUAAUGGAGACUAGGGACGUACAGAAAACACCAGGAUCCAGUUGGAUCUAAUUAGGUCAUUUUUUAAUCUUCGGAACGAAGUGGAAGGAGGGAGGAGAUUCUUGAA